AUGCACUUCUUUAAGGCUGGCCUACCGAUCCUUGCCGUGUCCUCAGCCAUCCACGCCAUCCCUGUCAGCAACAGCGAAAGAGGCGAUACGGCCUUACACCACCACGAGGGUCCCAAGACCUUAGACAUGAGGCUAGGAAGCAGUGGUCCUGGUGGCAUUGUGCCUCCUCAUAUUCUCAGGAAUAUCACCCGCAGUCCAUUCACCACUGACGAUGAACGGGAUGCUGCAAACAGGACUCUGGAAAUCGAUGAGCAGCGACGGAGCCCAGGUCAUUCGAUGGCCCAAAUGGUACCUCCAAGGACUUAG